AGAGAGAGAGAGGCAGAACGAUGUGGCAGAGACUGCUAUAAUAACGAUAACAAUGACGAUGAUAAUGAUGAAGAAGAAGAUGAUGACGAUGAUAAUAAUAGCCACUACUACAUACAUACAGUACUACUACUACUACAGCCAUAACAAGAGGCAUGGGACAGGCUCGGCACGCCGCCGCGUAGGUCCAUGUUUUAAUCGUUCUAUUACUGUAUUACUUGCAUCCAUCACAUCAGGUUCUGCUCUUGGCUUUUCUUCUCUUCUUCCUCUUGUUCUUCUUCUCCAGUCUUGGAGCCCCAGAGCCGCCGUCUCUCUCUCUCUCUCUCUCUUCAUCUGCUUCAUCUGCUUCAUCAUCCUCUUCUUCUACUUCUUUUUUUCUCCAUCUCCAUCUUCCCCAUCUUCCCCAAUCCGUCCAUCCAUCCAUCCAUCCAUCCAUCUUCCUCCCUCUCCCUCCCACUCACUACACUUACUCUCCCACAUCUCCGCUGCCAUCCAAGCUUACUACUACUACCACUACCACUACCACUACCACUACCACUACCACUACCACUACCACUACCACCACUACUUUCUACCUGACCUUCCUCCGUGACCCACUUUUUUUUAUUCCUCGCUCCCUUCCCCUUCCCUUCCGACACUUUCUUUCUUCCUUUCCUUCUCCCUCCCCCAUAAAUCACUUUCUCCUUCACACACAACACACCCACACGCUCCUUUGCUUUCACCAAUUCGCGCCGCUGUCCCACGGUCUACUUUGCAAGCCAAUCUUGCUCUUGGCUUGUAUUCCCCCCCCCCCCUUGAUCCUUACCCAGGGUACACGUUCAACGGCUAGCCGCAUCGGCCGUUCCAGCGGUGCUUGCCAUAUCAACGGCUUUUCUUGAUAUAUCCUCUCUCUCACUCUCUCUCUCUCUCCAACAACACUCCAUCCUCAGC